AUGGAGACAAAUGGCAACGCCACCGCUUCUGCUGUCGACAGGUACAGUACGGUCCAGAUUCCUUGCUCUUCAAAUGCGACGCUAGCUAAUCUAUUGCCCAUUUUUGUCAACUGUUAUGAUACCGCGAAGAAUUAUGGAAGGACUGAAUCUGAGAGGAGAGCAGAUUAUGAAUCGAUAUCUACUGCUAGUGGUACGGGGACGGAGGGUUCAGCAAAAAGACCAUGUCAGCACGGAGCUGCAGCAGAACGAUCUUACAAGCCUGAAUGGAAGAUAAACUGGCUGAUGGAUUUUGAUGAGGCAGCCAAUGAAAUGACACGUGUGCCUACCGACGCAGAGAAGCUCAAGAUAGUACGCGAUCAAAUCGUCAUUAACAUAGUACCCGACAAAGUUAGAGAAGAAUUGCUUGGGGAAUCAGGUCACACGUUAGAAAAGGCUGUGCAUAUGUGCCGCUCUAUGGAAGCGACAACACAAUAUCUCACCGGCAUGGCAACGCCGAUGAUUUUCUACAGCAUGAAGUGGAAUUUGUUUCUUUUUAUAUGUCUGAGUAUGACUAGCUUAUUUCUUUUUCAACGUUCUGAAGGAAAUGAAAUAUUUCUACAUGCUGCUUCAGCUACGCUUUCUCCAAAUACUUACAGUAAGCAAAAUCCUCAAGCAGAUGCCGUCGAAUGGGCUAGAGCGUCCAAUGCCAUUGAUGAAGACAACAGAGAGGGAAGUAGCGGUGGGACGUUUGACGAAUUUAUGAAAUGUGCAAUUGCAGCUGCGGAUCCAGUCGCCAGCCAGUCUGGAAAGAAACCAAUGCAGUACUUAAAAAUAGAAAUGACACGCGAGGAGGACAUUUCAUACGUAAAACUACAUCUGAGAGACGGUUUGAAUAGGCGACUGCAACAGAAUGGACUUACGGUCAGUGUCAGCAACAGCGACAACAUCGAUUCUGCUACACGUUGUAGCGAUAAAGUGUACAAUGCUUCUAAGCACGGUCAAUCGCCAGUGUUUGUUUGCAUGAAUCAAGCACGCUACAUUUGGGUCGUACUACGAAACAGUCCACAGGCUCUUCAAGUUUGCGAAGUUCGAGCAUACACUGGUCCGAUGAAUUUGAAUGUUACUGGAAUUACGUCGUUGUCAGACGGCCCAUUUACUGAUCAUACACACAAUGUCGAGGGAAGCGCUGAUAAUGCUGUAGAUGGUAAAUCUGCGAUCGGUCAAUCAAAAGCGCUUGGAUUUAAGUUCUGUGCUGUCAAUAAUUACAGAAGAGACGACAAACUUCAGUUUCUUCGUAUUUCUCUCUAUCAAAGGCAACCAAUUCUUUCUGUUCGUUUGCACUUGAGAGACCCAGCAAAAACUUUUACACCAACAAGGUAUUACAGCAGACUCGGCAUCGUAAAUGUCAGCGUUGGUAACUCCAGCAAUGUGAACGAUACACGACGACAGUGCGGGUCGUCGUAUCAAGCAAGCCAAGGACAAUCACCAUUGUUUAUCUGCUUUGCUACUGGAAGUUAUGUCUGGUUGACUGUAAGAGCAAACUAUUAUCUUGAGGUCUGUGAAGUGGAAGUUUAUGCAGAUGUUCACUGCACUACUCCUGAUGCUCCUGCCAACGGCAAAUACAGUAUCACAAAUGAUUCCGUGGGUGGGUCUUUGUCAGUGGAAUGCAAUGAAGGGUAUAAACCCACAUCUUCUGGCCCGAUUACAUGUGAGAACAGUGGAAAUUGGAGUCAACCGUUUCCAACGUGCAAAGCUGGUUGUAAUAAACAUGACAAUCCAAAGAACGGGAAUGCUUUGGCGUCUACUGAUGAAUCUGGAGAAAUAAUAAACGUAGCAUACUCUUGCGACAAAGGCUACCAUCUUAUUGGAAACAAAACUCGAGAAUGUGAUCAUGGAAGUUUGAUGGGAGAUCCUCCAAUAUGUCAGGCGGUGAGUUGUGGAUUACCUCCUAUCGUGAAUAACGGAAAUUAUUCUGGAAAAGUGUUUUCUUACGGAAACACAGUUGAAUACACAUGCAAAAAGGGCUAUCAUUUGGAGGGUCCUAGAGUCAUCAUAUGCCAGAGUAACAGGACGUGGAAUAUAACAAAGAAUUUGAAGUGUGAACUUUACUGUGAAAGACCUGUAAUUCCUCAUCCUGGACGAAUCACCAACAUUUCACCUGACAUUACUGAAUUUCCGUUGAACACAACAUUGAAAUACGGCUGUGAAACAGGAUACCUACUUGCAAAUAAUUCAGGAAAGUACAGUACCUGUCGGUCUAACGGGUCAUGGUCAUUGGAAUCUCCUUCAUGUCAUGCUGUCACAUGUCUUCCUCCAAUUUCUUCCUCUAAACGGAACUAUACCAUUCUAGACGAAAAGUUCUCUUAUCAGGGUAGAUUAAGGUUUACGUGUUCCAGCGGAUUCUACCUGAAUGGCUCAGAGUAUGCACAAUGCCAGGCGAACGGAACUUGGAACGUGUCUUUCCCUUCAUGCAUACCGUUUUGUGAGCCUCCUCAACUCACGAAUGGAUACCUUGAAUUUAGCGACAAUAAUGGAGAGCAUGACGUUGAUAGUACAGUGAUGUAUCAUUGUGAUCAAGGUUUUGAGUUAUCUGAUGACAAAUGGAAAACAAGAAGAUGCCAAGAAAACAGAAAGUGGUCAGGAACGGCACCAACAUGUUCUCGUGUCAACUGCGGAGCACCUACUGUUUCGGGGAAAGGCUACUAUACUGGACAGACCACCACCUACGAGUCUAUUAUAGAAUUCGGUUGCAACGACGGCUAUUACAUUGACGGUGCUAAGAAAGCCAAAUGUCUCCAUACAAAAGAGUGGGACAAGAAGGCACCAAAAUGCAUCCCGUUUUGUGAGCCUCCUCAACUCACGAAUGGAUACCUUGAAUUUAGCGACAAUAAUGGAGAGCAUGAUGUUAAGAGUACAGUGACGUACCAUUGUGAUCAAGGUUUUGAGUUAUCUGAUGACAAAUGGAAAACAAGAAGAUGCCAAGAAAACAGAAAGUGGUCAGGAACGGCACCAACAUGUUCUCGUGUCAACUGCGGAGCACCUACUGUUUCGGGGAAAGGCUACUAUACUGGACAGACCACCACCUACGAGUCUAUUAUAGAAUUCGGUUGCAACGACGGCUAUUACAUUGACGGUGCUAAGAAAGCCAAAUGUCUCCAUACAAAAGAGUGGGACAAGAAGGCACCAAAAUGCAUCCCAUUCUGCAGGAAGCCGUCUAUUCUCGCUAAUGGUGUCAUCGUCGUUUUGAAACAUGGUGCAAAUGAAAACCAGUUGGACGUCGGCACUCGUGUGGAAUACGAAUGUUCUAAGGGAUUCGUGUACGUCGCUAUCUCUAACAUUAGGACAUGUACUGGACCGCUCACAUGGUCAGGAGUGGCACCCAAGUGCACACGACCAUUUUGUGAACUUCCUCAAUUCACAAAUGGAUACCUUGAAUUUAGUGACAAUAAUGGAGUGCAUGACGUUGACAGUACAGUGACGUAUCACUGUGUUCAAGGUUAUAAGUUAUCAGACGACAAACAGAAAACAAGAAGAUGCCAAGAAAACAGAAAAUGGUCAGGAACGGCACCAACUUGCACUCAAAUACAAUGCCCGGAUAUUUCUAAUGAAACUAUCAAAGAUGGCAGUAUUCUUAGCACUAAUAGACUGGUUGACUCUAUUGCCGUGUACGAAUGUAACAGAGGAUACCGCAUUGUUGGAGACAAAACAAGAAUAUGUCAAUUGAAUGGCACAUGGUCGGGCAAUCCUCCAGUAUGUCAAGGCAGCAAAUGCGAUUCACUAGCUUCACCAACUAACGGCAACGUUACCACUCGAGCUGUACAUACUAUUGUUAUCUCGACUUACUCUUGCAAGUCAGGGUAUCGAUUGAAAAACGGAGACAGUUCUAGAGUUUGUUUACCAAAUGGGCUGUGGAGUGGAAAUGAACCAUCAUGUGAACCUUGCAGCUGUGAUUCUACUCAAACACGUCAAGAUGCCAAUAGGAAACGACAUGCUGUUGUUUUAGUCCAAAUAACUUCUUCAGCCCAAGAAAAGAAAGGACAAGUAUCAUACAAAGCUAAAGUUGAAAAAGUCUGCCGUGCCAACAAUGCCGUAGCACGCAAGAUAAAGUCUGGAAAUGUUGUUUCACUUGCUGUCACCCAGCAAACUCAGCAUGGAACUUGCCGAUGUCCCGACUUUCAGAAAAAAGUCAUGUACAAAGUAGGGGUCAAGGUCAAUGGGAAAUCCGGGAAAAUAUGGCAACUUGAAGUGCCACGAAACUUUUAUGUGGCAGAAUCAACAGUAUGCUAACAGAUUAAAGCAGCUUCAAUGCUAAUGUCAGUGGUCCUACUAGUAACAGAGAAUUCAGAUGCUGAUAACCUUCAUUGAAUAGUAUGAAAUUAUGAGUACUUCUAAAUUCCCUUCAACAAGUAGUAGUAUUAAAGUGUUUGUUGGCAACGAAUUACAUCCUUGUGUACAAUAUUGUAAGCUUCCCAAUGUGUGAAUAAAAUUCAGUUUAUUAAAUAUGAUUAACACAUCAGGCGUUGGCCUCAUUCUUCUCCAUAGGGUACUUCCUUACUUACGUUAAUGCAGUUGAAAUCUCAUAAAAUAUUAAAGGCAAAUACUCUCAACCGCAUUCGUAAAUCUAGGAUUUUCAGGCAAUAUCAUGUGGUGUGUGUGUGUGUGUGUGUGUGUGUGUGUGUGUGUGAGAGAGAGAGAGAGAGAGAGAGAGAGAGAGAGAGAGAGAGAGAGCUUUUGCGAGUGUGUCCAUGUGCAUAGUAUAGAGAUCAUUCAACCGUUUUGGACACCUUUUACAAGAAUUUAAAUAUUUCGUUUGGGGUUAGGUGGUAAUGGCUGUUCUAUCUCUAAACCUGAAGUGAAAAUGGUGUUACGAACGUCGUGACAGGUGUUUUUAGUAGUCUUGUGUGCAAUAAACGGUUGGAGAUUAACCAGGGAAAGUAUUUCAUACUAUACAUCAGC